AUGAAGCGCUCACGAGAGGCUGAAGACGAGCUCGACUCGGACUACCCCUCGACGGACGACGAAACGAACGACCGGUCCGAUCUGGUAGACCCUGACCCUGAUGACCACCACACCGCCAAAUUCGCCAUCUUAGACCCCUCCGAGCACGCCCCAACUUCGAAAUUCACAAUGAAGUGCUAUCUGCCGGGACACCAAGAGGGCAUGGCCUUUGGCUCCUACGACGAAUACCAGUCGCACUACCACAAAGCACAUACGAACCGCUGCCUGGAGUGCCGAAGUAACUUCCCCUCAGCCCACCUUUUAAGCAUCCAUAUCGAGGAAUGCCACGACUCCUUUGCGGCGGUCAGACGAGACAGGGGCGAGCAUACGUACUCCUGUUUUGUGGAGGGCUGUGAGAGGAAGUGUUUGACUCCACAGAAACGCAGGCUCCACCUCAUUGACAAGCACAUGUACCCCAGGAAUUUUUACUUUGCGGUCACCAAGACGGGAAUCGACGGGAGGCGCUCACUACUGGUAGACGGCAAUCACGGGAAGGGUCGUCGGCGCGGGGCGUCCACCACAUCCAAAACCGACGUCAAGGCCACGAGGCACGCAAGACGAAGAUCGAGCCAGACCGACGGGUCCCCGUCCCAAAAUGGUAGCCCGGGGCGAGCCAAGAACGGGGACACCACGGCUCCUCCAGGCGCGGAUAACAAAAUGGACACGGGUGGCCCGGCGAGUAAGGUAGACACGGAGAUGGAGGGCCUCGCGGGGGCCAUGGCUGCGCUACAGUUCGUUCCUUAUAGCAUCCGAUUCGGGAGGGGCGGAGGCAAAGCUGGCUUCUCCAAGAGGUGA